GUGUUCAGUUUGAAGGCUGUCCCAAAAACACUCUGGUGCAGCCUCUCUCCUACACUUUUCUCUUUAUGAGUCCUUCAGGAUGCAUUUUUUAACCUGGAUUUUGCUGGGGAUCUUCCUCCUGGUUCUAGGCCCCACAGUGCAGGGAGCUCCAGGUCAGUGCCCAAGCCUGUGCCACUGCCAUGGAGACCUGCAGCAUGUCAUCUGUGACAAUGUGGGGCUGAAGAAGAUCCCCCGAGUGUCAGAGGCCACCCAGCUGGUGAACCUGCAGAGGAACAACCUGGGCACCAUCCCAACUGGGUCCUUCAGUGAAAGCAAGGGACUCAUCUCUUUGCACAUGCAGCAUAGCCAGAUCCGAGAGAUUGAAUCCCAGGCCUUCAAGGGGCUGAAGAAGCUGGCUUACCUCUACCUGUCCAACAACAAGAUCAGCAGCAUCAAGCCCGGUGCUUUUGAGGAUCUCACCGAACUCACCUACCUCUACCUAGAUGGAAACCAGAUCAGCCAGCUGGCUAAAGGGAUCUUCUCACCAAUGAUCAACCUCUUUGUCUUGCAGCUCAAUGACAACAAGCUGCGGGAGCUGCAGCUGGGGACCUUCACUGGCGCUAAGGACUUACGCUGGCUGCAUAUGAGUGGGAACGAGCUGACCGCACUACAGCCGGGUUCUCUGAACGAAGUGGAGAACCUUGCUUUGCUUCACCUGGACAGGAACAGGCUGUCCACCUAUCCCAGUGCAGCCAUGAGCAAACUGCGAGUGGUAGAGGAGCUCACGCUGGGGUGGAACCCCAUGAAGAUCAUCCCAGAUAAUGCCUUCCAGAGCUUUGGGCGCUACAUGGAGAAGCUCCACCUGGACAACAUGGGCUUAGAAAAGCUCUCUGAAGGGGCGUUUAAUGGUGUGACGGCCAUUAAGCUGCUUUACCUGGACAACAACAACCUGACGUCUCUUCCCAAAGGGCUGCGGUUUACCACCAUCACCAACAUCACCUUGUCCAACAACCCCUGGAACUGCUCCUGUCAGUUAGCUUCACUACGCAGGUGGAUGGACUCCAGACAAAAUGCAACGGAUGCAAUCUGUGCGUCUCCGUCUUCACAGAAAGGCAAACAAAUCAGAGAAAGCACGGCCUUAAGGCGCUGUAAGAUCAAGGCAAAACAAAGACCAAAGAAGGGCCCUCUUCACUGAAGUCACUGCUGUACAGGGUCCAGCACACCGAGUCCAGGCGACGGGGCCUCUGGAUGUUUGACUUGGCUGCUGGUUUUCUGACUGGUUUCUCCUCACUCUGCAGGAGAUGCAGACAAGGAGUCUGACCAGGUGAUCGGCAACAGAGAAAGCAACGCUCACUGACUCGUCUGAGGCUCUUUACACGUGUCACACGCUAUUACUGAGGAAAACGUUUAUUAUUCUCAACCAUCUGGUUUCAUUCUGUCCUAUAGAAAAUGCAGAAACAAUACACAAAACAACAAAGAAGAGAUAUUUAGUUUAUCUCUUGGUGCUUCAUUAUCACAUCUAUUUAAAGUUACUCAGACGAGUUUGCUCCAGCUAAAGCAAACUUUUACCUUCAUGUACCCUUAUUUCUACCUUCAGGACAUAACAGGACAUUUUAAAAUGACACAAAACAAGUAGUUUGUCAUUCUGUUGUGCUUUCUUGUAUACUCCUAAAACCAUACAUGGUAUAUUGUUUGUCUUGGAAUGUAAAAGAGGAAGUAUAAUAUGGUGGAAGGUGGAUAGUUGUAUUCAAAAUUUAAUGCAAGUGGGACGAUGUUUUGGUUAUCUAAUGAAUGUUCAAAUUCUUUAUAUUUCUGAGACAUUUGGAAGUGAUUCUUGUCCAAUAAACUUGUGGAUCUGA